AUGAGGAGAGAGAACCAGAGCAGUGUGUCCAAGUUCCUCCUUCUGGGGCUCCCCAUCAGACAAGAACAGCAGAGUGUCUUCUUCACCCUGUUCCUGGCCAUGUACCUGACCACAGUGCUGGGGAACCUGCUCAUCAUCCUUCUCAUCAGGCUGGACUCUCACCUCCACACCCCCAUGUACUUCUUCCUCAGCCACUUGGCCUUCUCUGACAUCUCCCUUUCAUCCAUUACAGUUCCCAAAAUGCUGAUAAAUAUUCAGGCUCAGCAACAUUCCAUCUCCUACAAUGGAUGCAUCUCUCAGAUGUUUUUUGUUCUCUUUGGCUGUCUGGAUAAUUUCCUUCUUGCAGUGAUGGCCUAUGACAGGUAUGUGGCCAUUUGUCAUCCACUGCACUACAUCACUGUCAUGAGGAAGGAAGUCUGUAUCUGCUUAGUUGCUGGGUCCUGGUUGUUCUGUUGUGUCCAUGCCCUGCUGCAUACCCUCCUCUUGAUCCAAUUAUCCUUCUGUUCCAAUAAUACCAUCCCCAACUUCUUCUGUGACCUCACUGCCCUCCUGAGGUUGAGUUGUUCAGACAUCUCCCUCAAUAAGCUAGUUAUCUUCACUGAGGGGGGAUUACUUUUCAUCCUGCCUCUGAGUAGCAUCCUGGGCUCUUAUAUUCACAUAGGGAGAACUGUCCUGAGGGACCCUUCAACAAAGAGAUUCUUUAAAACCUUCUCUACCUGUGGCUCCCAUCUCUUUGUGGUAUCUUUAUACUAUGGGACACUUGCAGGAGUUUACUUUUUCUCUUCAUUUCAGAAUGCCAGUGACAAAGACAUAGUUGCUUCUGUAAUUUACACAGUAGUCACACCCUUGCUGAACCCUUUCAUCUACAGCCUGAGAAACAGAGAUAUAAAACAGGCGCUAGAAGUAUUUGUUACUAGGGCCAAGUCCUUUAAGUGA